GGAUUUUUUUGUAUUAAAGAAGACUUACAAACAUGAGUAAUAUUUAUAUACAAGAGCCACCCACUACGGGUAAAGUUAUAAUGAAAACAACUGUUGGUGAUAUUGAUUUAGAAUUAUGGGCAAAAGAAACUCCAAAAGCAUGUAGAAAUUUCAUACAAUUAUGUAUGGAAGGUUAUUAUGAUGACACUAUAUUUCAUAGAAUUAUUAAAGGAUUCAUAGCACAAGGUGGUGAUCCCACAGGUACAGGAGAAGGUGGUAAAAGCAUAUAUGGAGAACCAUUUAAAGAUGAAUUUCAUACCAGAUUACGUUUUUGUCGACGAGGUUUAAUUGCUAUGGCUAAUGCUGGAAAAGAUGAUAAUGGUUCUCAAUUCUUUUUUACACUUGGUUCUACACCAGAAUUGCAGAAUAAACAUACAAUCUUUGGUAAAGUUACUGGAGAAACUAUAUAUAACAUGCUUAAACUCGAAGAAGCACUUGUAGAUGAGAAUGAUAGACCACUUUACCCUCCAAAAAUUAUGAAAACUGAAAUAUUGAACAAUCCAUUUUCUGAUAUUAUACCAAGAAUAAUAAUACAGGAAAGUGAAGAAAUAAAGGAGAGUUCAAAAACUAAAACAGCAGGAGUAAAAAAUUUCAAUCUUUUAUCAUUUGGUGAAGAAGCAGAGGAAGAUGAAGAAGAAUCUGUGAUAUUAAAUAAAAAGUUUAGAGGUAAAGGCAAAUCAGCUCAUGAUCAUUUAACUGAUCCAAAAUUAAGCUCACAGCCAGCUGUUGAGCCACCUGGACCUCCAAAUAAAAAAAGGAAAGAAGACCGUAGUAGCGAUUGGGAAAGUGACGACGAAGUAAAAACUCAAGAAGAAUUAGAAGUUAUAAAAAAAGAGAAAGAAGCAAUGAAGGAAAGGAUAAAAAAUAAAUUGAGAGAUACAAAAAAAGAACCAAAAAAAGUGGAAAAUUAUAAAAUAGAUGAUGUUGAAGGUGAUAAAGAUGUAAAGGAAAAUGAAUAUUAUCUUGGAAAAGAUAGAGAUGAAGAGCGUAAAAAAAGGGCCGAUGAAAUUAGAAAAGAAAUUCGGGAUUUAAAACGUGACGUUAAAAAUGAAAAAAAAGCAAAAGAAGAAAAUAAAAAAAUUAAACAAGCUCAAGAAGAAAGAAAAGAAAAAAAAACAGAAAUUAUGAAAGAAUACGUUGAGACUCAAGAAAAAUACAAGGUAGCAAAGUUAAAAUUGCCUAAAAAGGGAAAAAGUCGUGAAGACUUUACAAUGGACUUAUUAAAUAAGUUUAAAUCUAAACUUCAAAAUGCUAAAGAAACUGUAGGAGAAAAAUCGCCGAGUCCGACAGAAAAAGAAAGUAGUAAAGAGGAAGAUUUUGACCCAACUGAUGAGUCUUGGAUGGUACACGCAUUACAUUGUGAAGAAAAAGUACCUGUUCUUGCCAAAGAUGCGAGUACAAAAGACGAUGAUUGGUUUGAAAUUUACGAUCCUCGAAAUCCACUCAAUAAACGGCGAAGAGGAGAAAAAUCGUCCAAAUUGAAAGAUGACAAAAAGGACGGUGUUCGUCCAAGAGAUUGGGAGCCUCGUAGGUCUCAGUACAAGGUGCCUCUGAGAUUAUUGCGAUUAUGUUUACUGGGAAUGUUCCUUCCCGCAGUAUUGGUGGCGGGGCCGAUGUACUUACGAUAUCGCGUCUAUUCUGAGCAACUGUACCCUUUAACCGUCUCCGAUCAGAGGCUUAUCGAUGCGAAAGUGUCUACUACGUGGUGUCAGAGUCAAGUGAUCAAAGUUAAUGCCACAUUUAACGCAUAUCUGAUGAAUGAUGAACCAAAAUUGGAAAACGAGGUUUUGCCUGUUUCUAUGACGAGACAUUUGAUUUUAGAAGACGACAUGAAGGAAUAUUGGGGAUUCUAUCUGCUACGUGGAAGCAGCGUUACUGUUGCCACUUGCGUCAGAUGGCCUGGUGCUUCUUUAACCAUGAUUCGUGGUCAUAAGCAUCUUCACGAAUGUGCCUUCAUCGGUGACGAUAGUAGCGAAGAAUUGGAAGAACUUCUGGAAGUUGCCAAAGAGACCGGUUUCCUUACGCCGAAUGGUUCACUCGCGGUAAUAAAUACAAACGAAGGUCCUAGCAAUGAGCCGGAAAAGAUGAAGAGGGUACAGCAAGGAAUACAAUUUCAUCACAAGGAUCACGCUCAUCUCUUGAACAGUUCGAAACAUAUGAUGGAUACAAUGGCGCAUCAUUACAAUAGUCACGAAUUGGAUGCUAAGGCUAUGAAAGUUAUUCUUACAGAACUCUUUGCUAAAACGCUCGAUACGAAAAAAAAGCAGAAGGAAAAUCCUCACCACCAUUACGAAGGUACCUUCGUUGAAAUGGAUAAUAUCGACAAACCACCGACCCAAUAUUCUCCUAGCGAUACGCAGGAAACUAGGAAUGAACAAAUAGAAAAUAAAUUGACUAAAACUUCCAAAGACAUUCUAAGAAAGCUAAAUGUAGUGAAUACUACAAUUGACAUAGCAGAAUUAAUAGAAAAACAUGGGAAACUUGAGCUUAAAAAUGUUCAACACAAUCAAACAAAUGAAGAGAAAACGACUGUUAGGCCCGAGGAGACAACGGAAAGAUCAGAACCUACGUCGGCGGAAGUGUUUCGUGAUGUUUUAGGCAGGAUUAAUUCUUUGGGUUAUCGGGGUAAAAAGAUACUGAAAAAAUUAAUGGACGAGAUCGAAAAGAAAGGUUCCGAAGGGGAAGCUUUACGGCAAGCAGUGGACAAAACUAUGAACGAUCAAACGCUUUCGGAUGUCGAGAAACGUAGAAAACGAAGAGAUUUAAUCUUGUCUUCGUCUCUUCAUAAGGAAUUAACGGAAGAAAGUGAAGACGACGAUGCUGCUGUCGAAGAGGAUAUGUUACAUCCAGAUGGGAUAGCUGAAGAUAGAGGCACUGUGAACGAGACGACAUUGAACGAUAGGAGUAAUUCCGAAUUUUGGAGUUCAUUUAGUAGCUCCGAAGAACGACUUUUGGAUUGUAAGGGACUGAUUCUGAACUUACCUUUAACACCGCAUCGAUAUUGUACGCCGAAACAUGAGAGCGAACAUUCGACCGCCUCGUUUGCUAACACGGUUACGUAUAGGGUACCUAUGAAUGGAUACUAUUUCUUCGUUUUCAAUUCUGAAAACGAGAUACAGCCCAAUUACCUACGAGUACGUUUCGACCUCCUGAAGACCGUCUACAAUAUCUCGAAUCCAGUACAUGCCUGUAAGAACAGCACAGCGGAAUGUUCUUUGCCCUUCAAGAUCUUUAGCAACGAGAGGACAGUCUUGGAGUUGCCAUUGAGUGGCAAUGACUCACAGUGGAACGAAGAAUACGUGGUAGUAUCAACGUGCGAGCCUAGAACAUCUAUUUACUUGUUAUGUAUCAUAUCGGUUCCUUUGCUCAUUCUUGUAUUUGCAUUUCACUGACGAUACGAUGAAUCAAGACAAGGAAAAGACAGUAUUUUAAUCUCUUUAUGGAAACCCUCGUUAAAAAAUGCUCACUUGUAAAUAUUUUUUGAGUCGAAGACGAUCAAUAGCGUGAAGACAAACCAUUGUUACAAUGGUGAUAACACGACAGUAUUCUUUUCUUUUCAUUUACCUAUGUGAUUCUUCUCAUUGGCAGUUAUAAUGUGUGUUAAGUUUGUGAUAGCGAAUCAAAGUCGAAGGGAAGUAUUUAUUGAUAGUUCCAUGGAAAAUUUCUAUAUGAUAGUGCAGCGUAGGGCAUUAAUUAGCGUUAUAAUUUAAUUUAUUGGUAUAUUGCUAUGUUAAAAAUGUAUGUGAUACAAAC